AAACAAAUAGAGCCUUAAAAUAUAUUAAUUAUUCAAUUUGUGGACAAGCAACUAAUAUUAUUCAGUGGUAUGGUUUUGCUUCCAAAAGUGAAACAAGUAAGAAAAUGAUCUUAGAAAGAGUUGAUAAUAAAGCAGUGGAUUAUUUUCAUUUAUGUGCAUAUAUAAUGACUUUAAAAAUCUUAAUUUCAUCUCUUAUAAAUAUGUAGGGAACAGAAAAUUACUUCUAUGGAGCCUGCAGACUCAAAGGAUGCAGUUUUAAUUAGCCUCUCAUAUCCUCUAGGUGACUUGCUGGAGGAAAACUUAUUAUCAAAGUUGACCUCAUUUGCUUAUGAAGAAAUUGGUUUGGUGUCUAGCUACAAAAAUGAUCUUAGGAGGCUUCAGACUACUCUCUCCAUCAUCAAAGUUGUACUCCUAGAUACUGAGGAGAAGCAAGAGGAGAGCCAUGCAGUGAAGGACUGGAUAAAGAGGCUUAAAGAGGUUGUCUAUGAUGCAGAUGACUUGCUAAAUGACGUAGCAAUUGAAGGUUUGCAAAGAAAGGUUGAAGGUCAGGGAAGAAUUGUAAGGAAGGUGUUUUUAUGUGAUUCUAGAAUCAAUGACGAGUUUUAAAGAGAAUUGGAGGUCAAAACAUGAAGAAUACAGUGCCAAAAACAUUAUAUGGGCCAUGUAACCCACCCCGUGUAACUCUCUGGACUGAAGAAAACAUGAAAAAUGAAGUGGUAGAAAUUUACACGAGACGUGUAUCACUACACGGUCCGUGUAAAGUCUCCUGACAGCAAUUCUAAUGCAACUUUUCUUCUCUCCAACUCGACCCGGAUGGACUCCUAAUACUUCUAGGACUCUGAAAUUAGGGUUUUUACACCAGAUAUAAAUAGAACAAGUCAGGAAUUGAGGGAGAAUAGAGAAUUUCCAUCCAAGAGCAAAAUUAACAUUCAAGAGCCAAUUUAUACUCAAGGAUGCACCUCAACUUCAAGGGAGGCAAGGGAGAAACAAGAUCUGUAAGAUUGCUAGAAGGAAUUUUCAGCAGAAAUUCCAAAAGUUCAAGGCUGCAACUCUCUUUCUGGGUUCUUUCACUCUAUUUUCUUCUUAUGUAUUCUCUUUAUCUUUUUAUAAACUUGAUUGUAAAGCUCACCAUGGGUGAGUAGGUUCUUUAUUCUAGGGUUAGGGUGUAGGACUCUCAAUUUCAUUAUGGAUCUGGUUUGAUUUUAUUUAAUACAUUGAGUAUUUUAUUCUUUGAUUCAA